UAUGUAUAUAUACCUCCUCAAAACCUAAUCAAAUCCUCACACCUGGGAGUUUUAUUUCUCCCCCCGCCAUCAGAUUCUAUUUUUUCCUCCAAUUCGUCGGAAACCCUAAAUCUGCCAUCUUCCUCCGUUUUCCCUAUUCCAUCACAGAUCUUCUUCUACUCAAUUUUCCGCAUCCUUAAAGAUUGAUAAUGGUUUCGGACGCUAGCAAGAAGAAGGCUGCUCAGAAGAAGGCUGCCGCAGCAGCAAAAAGAGGAGGAAAGGCUGCCGCUUCAUCUAAGGCGGCGGCAACAACUGCUCAAAGUGUUGAUAAGAUCUCCAAUGGUGUUGCCGAUUUUCAGAUAUCUGAUCGCACUUGUGCUUCUGUUCUCUGUUCUCAUCCUUUAUCAAGAGAUGUUAGGAUAGAGUCUUUAUCAGUUACUUUCCAUGGACAUGAUCUGAUAGUUGACUCAGUACUGGAGCUGAACUAUGGAAGGCGUUAUGGUUUAAUGGGUUUAAAUGGUUGUGGAAAAUCUACCCUUCUUACCGCAAUAGGAUUACGAGAGCUUCCGAUUCCUGAGCACAUGGAUAUCUAUCAUUUGUCUAGAGAGAUUGAGGCUUCUGACAUGUCUGCCCUUGAGGCUGUAAUAAGCUGUGAUGAGGAAAGGGUGAAGCUAGAAGAAGAGGCUGAAAUUUUAUCAGCUCAGGAAGAUGGAGGUGGGGACAGACUUGAACGUAUAUAUGAACGUCUGGAAGCUCUCGAUGCAUCUACAGCUGAGAAGCGCGCAGCUGAAAUUCUGCAUGGUCUUGGUUUUAGCAAGAUGAUGCAACAAAAGAAGACAAAAGAUUUUUCUGGAGGUUGGAGAAUGAGGAUUGCAUUGGCACGGUCGUUGUUUAUGAAUCCCACUAUUUUACUGCUGGAUGAACCCACAAAUCACCUUGACCUUGAAGCUUGUGUUUGGCUUGAGGAGAAUCUGAAGAACUUUAGUCGCAUUCUGGUCGUCGUUUCACACUCCCAAGAUUUCUUGAAUGGUGUGUGCACAAAUAUUAUACACAUGCAAAGCAAGAAGUUGAAGUUCUACACUGGUAACUAUGAUCAGUAUGUUCAAACCCGUUCUGAACAUGAGGAAAAUCAAAUGAAACAAUACAAAUGGGAGCAGGACCAAAUAGCUAACAUGAAGGAGUACAUUGCUCGGUUUGGUCACGGGUCAGCUAAGUUGGCUCGUCAAGCACAAAGCAAGGAAAAAACACUAGCGAAGAUGGAGAGGGGAGGGCUGACAGAAAAGGUUGCUAGAGAUCAUGUUUUAACUUUCCGUUUCACAGAUGUCGGGAAGCUUCCCCCUCCAGUUUUGCAGUUUGUGGAAGUGUCAUUUGGCUAUACUCCAGAGAAUAUUCUUUACAAAAACCUUGAUUUUGGCGUGGACCUUGACUCUAGGAUUGCUUUGGUGGGGCCCAAUGGUGCUGGGAAAAGUACGCUUCUAAAGCUGAUGACAGGCGAUUUAGUUCCUCUUGAAGGCAUGGUGAAGCGUCACAAUCACUUAAAAAUUGCCCAGUACCAUCAGCAUCUUGCAGAGAAGCUUGACCUGAAUAUGUCGGCUCUCCUAUACAUGAUGCGAGAAUAUCCCGGAAAUGAAGAAGAGAGAAUGAGGGCAGCAAUAGGGAAGUUCGGGCUAUCUGGAAAAGCGCAGGUAAUGCCCAUGAAAAAUUUGUCUGAUGGGCAGCGUAGCAGAGUUAUUUUUGCCUGGCUGGCUUACCGUCAGCCUCAUAUGUUGUUGCUCGAUGAACCGACUAAUCACUUAGAUAUUGAGACUAUUGAUUCAUUGGCCGAGGCUUUGAAUGAGUGGGAUGGAGGCAUGGUUCUUGUAAGUCACGAUUUCAGGCUUAUAAACCAGGUGGCUCAUGAGAUAUGGGUAUGCGAGAAUCAGACAGUCAGCCGUUGGGAAGGCGAUAUUAUUGCCUUCAAAGAGCAUCUUAAGAGGAAAGCUGGAUUAUCUGACUGAAGCCGAUGAUUAGCGAUGCAGCUUAAAAGAUUUGAUGAAACAUUUAUGAUUAUAACUUAUGUGCCUCGACACUCAGUUGUGCUUCAAUGUGUUUAGCUCUGUUCCGACAUCACAGUCAUGGCUUUUUUUAUCAUUCUCGAGCCAUGAAAUUUUGAGCAUAACUGUUUUUGAGUCUAGGUAAUUUUUGGCUUUGUUUUUUUACCUUUGCGAAUACCUUAUAAAACAUUUUUAGUAGUUAGUUGAUGAGAUUUUGUCUUAUAAACGAGAUCAUUUGUCAACUCUUAUGUUUAAGAUUCGUUAUUAAGAUUAUUUUUUCUCUA